UUGUUCAGCAUCCUCAUCCUUGUUCUUUCAGUUUCUUGGUUCUAUUAUUAGGUGGUUCUUUCUUCAUCAUCAUGACACUUGUUGGUAAAAUCACCACUGAAAUUGGCGUUCAUUCAACUGCUGAAAAGUGGUACAACCUCUUCGCAAAAAGCCUCCAUGAUGUUCAACACCUAACUGAUAGUGUUCAUGCAACCCAGCUCCAUCAGGGUGAAGACUGGCAUCACAAUGACACCAUCAAACACUGGACUUAUAUAGUAGAUGGUAAGGUUGCAAAAUGUCAUGAGAAGAUCGAAUCUGUUGAUGAAAAGAAUAAAACGAUCUACUACAAGCUGUUCGGUGAAGACAUAGACCACAGGUUUAAGGUGUUUAAGCUCAUAUUUCAAGCAAUUGAUAAGGAGAAUGGUGGUGCUAUUAUCAAAUGGAGCGUUGAAUAUGAGAAGCUUAAUGAAGAAGUUCAUGCUCCAUAUGGCUGGGUCGAGUACCUGCACAACUGCACCAGAGAUAUCGAUCGUAAUCUUGUGAUGAAGGCAUAAGAAGAAAAGUAAAAGAUGAAAUACUGGUGUAGUUAUUAGCCCUUAAAAUAAUGGUAUAGUUAUUAGCCCUUAAAUAAUGGUUGCGAUGUUCGAGGAGAAGUGUUCUUAUUAUCAUGUAGGUCCUUUGUUUGAAUGGAAUAAAUUUGCAUGAAUAUGUCGGUGCUUUGAAGUAUGUGAUGCUGCAUGUGAUGCAUAUAAAUGAAUAUGUAUACUUUGCAAUAUAAAAGUGCUUGCUUUUCUCUGUU